GAGAAGCAGGCAAGCAACCCAUAGGCCACAGCCCGGCCAUCGCCUAGCCGCCCGCCUCCCGGUCCCGGAAGAGAAAUCCCCAAUCCCUCGCCCCCAAAAUCCCCUGCGGAUUUCGCCGAUAGCCCCCCGCGCCGCCCCGUAUUUGCACCCCCGCACGCGGCGACGCGCAUUGCUAUUCCCUUCCAUUAUUUUCCUCUCUUUCUUCCCUAUUAGUAUCACCCGUGCGAUUAGCAUGUCUCUGCCCAAUGCCACCGCCUCGCCGCCGCCGUCGCCGGAACCCUAGGCCGCCGGAGUCGGAGCUCCCGUCGGCGGGGGACCGGGAGGGGGAGGAUGCAGCUGCGGAUCUCGCCGAGCAUGCGCAGCAUCACCAUCUCCAGCAGCAAUGGCGUCGUCGACUCCAUGAAGGUGCGCGUCGCGCCGCAGCUGCCCCCACCGCCGCCGCCGCCGCUCGGGCCCGGCCGCCGCGGCGGGGGAGGGGGCUGGGGCGCCGGCUGGUACUGGCGGGCGGUCGCGUUCCCGGCCGUCGUGGCGCUCGGCUGCCUCCUGCCCUUCGCCUUCAUCCUCGCUGCCGUCCCCGCGCUCGAGGCCGGCGGAAGCAAGUGCUCCUCCAUCGAUUGCUUGGGGAGGCGGAUAGGGCCUAGUUUCCUUGGUAGGCAGGGAGGCGAUUCUGCAAGGCUGGUGCAAGAUCUGUACAGAAUUUUUGAUCAAGUUAACAAUGAGGAAUUCCCUUCCAAUGAAAAGUUACCAGAAUCAUUCAGGGAUUUUCUUUUGGAGAUGAAGGAUAACCAUUAUGAUGCUAAGACAUUUGCUGUUAGGUUGAAAGCUACGAUGGAAAACAUGGAUAAGGAGGUAAAGAGGUCACGGUUGGCAGAACAGCUGUAUAAACAUUAUGCUGCAACUGCUAUUCCCAAAGGAAUCCAUUGCUUGUCUCUGCGUCUUACUGAUGAAUACUCCUCAAAUGCUCAUGCACGGAAGCAGUUGCCACCACCAGAAUUGUUACCUUUGCUUUCUGAUAAUUCCUUCCAACAUUAUAUUCUAGCCAGUGAUAACAUUCUUGCUGCUUCAGUUGUUGUCAGCUCAACUGUACGAUCUUCCUCAGUGCCUGAGAAAGUAGUUUUUCAUGUUAUUACUGAUAAGAAAACAUAUCCUGGGAUGCAUUCAUGGUUUGCUCUUAAUUCUAUAUCACCCGCCAUAGUUGAAGUAAAAGGUGUUCACCAGUUUGACUGGUUGACAAGAGAAAAUGUCCCAGUACUAGAGGCUAUAGAAAAUCAUCGUGGAGUCAGAAAUCAUUAUCAUGGAGAUCAUGGAACAGUUUCCAGCGCAAGUGACAAUCCUAGGGUGCUCGCUUCAAAGCUGCAGGCUCGAAGCCCCAAAUACAUAUCCCUGCUGAACCAUCUCCGCAUUUAUUUGCCUGAGCUCUUUCCAAACCUCAACAAGGUGGUCUUCCUUGAUGAUGACAUUGUUGUUCAGCGCGACUUGUCUCCCCUUUGGGAGAUCAAUCUUGAAGGGAAGGUAAAUGGAGCUGUGGAAACGUGCAGAGGUGAAGACAACUGGGUGAUGUCUAAGCGUUUCAGGACAUAUUUCAACUUCUCUCACCCAGUGAUAUCUCAAAGUCUUGACCCAGAUGAAUGUGCUUGGGCAUAUGGGAUGAAUAUCUUUGAUCUGGCAGCUUGGAGGAAGACAAACAUCAGGGAUACAUAUCAUUUCUGGUUGAAGGAGAAUCUAAAAUCUGGUCUUACUCUCUGGAAAUUUGGUACUUUACCACCUGCGCUUAUAGCAUUCAGGGGUCAUGUGCAUGGAAUAGAUCCAUCUUGGCACCUGCUUGGCUUAGGAUACCAAGAAAAGACAGAUAUUGAGAGUGUCAGGAGGGCUGCAGUGAUCCAUUAUAAUGGCCAGUGCAAGCCAUGGCUAGACAUUGCUUUUAAGAACCUACAGCCAUUCUGGGCAAGGCAUGUAAAUUACUCCAACGACUUUGUUAGAAACUGCCAUAUUUUGGAGCCCCAGUAUGACAAGGAGUGAAUUAGCAAAUACUGGACACAGUGAGUGAUUAUAGUUCAUGAUUCAUUUGUUGGCUGGAGAGGCUGAUUGCUGUUGGAUAGGAAUAUAUUGGUUAAUCAGGAAAGCAAUCGGCAUUGGAUACAACUGACCAUCCCCUGCAUCGACCGGCAUGCAAAUACAUGGAGUUUUCAUCUGUAUCAUAGGGGAACACAAAUUCUUUUCAUCUGUAUCAUAUGGGUGCAUCAUUCUUUUCCAUACUGUAACUGCGCAAAAGAGCUCUGGGACUGGGCUGAUCCUUCAUCACAGAAUAACGCACAAGGGCUAGAAGAUUGAACUGAAUGGUUGAUCACGACGAAGAAAGGAGGCGGAUAUUAUUAGGGCACAAGUUUAUAUGCUUUCCAUCCAUCCAUUUAAUUCUUUUUUUUACUUGGAUACACUCGAGUCAUUGAAAUUUUGUUCUGGUAGUUUUGUGAUUGCUUUGGUAGGUUGGAGAUGAUUGUAGUAGAGAUGCCGUUGUUUGUGAGUAACCUACAGGAUAUUGUUACAACUGUUGACAUAUUAAAAAUGUGCAGAUAAUUCUUUCAA